UCAGAUCGGAGAAGAACAUUAUUUUUAUUGAAUCAACAGGUUUUGAAUCUAGGUAUGUUUAGAAUCUGGAGGAGUAUGAGGAGGAUGUGGUGGUAGAGGUGGUGGUAUUGGAGCAGGUUUGAAGGAGGAUUUUGAAGUCAGUGGUGGUGUUUUUCAGAAUUGAUGAAUUGAAGGAGAUGAUGAGAAGAUAAAGGAUGAACUAUUUUAAGUUUCUACUACUGGUGCUAGUGGUGACAGUUACUAAGAAGGCUGACCCCAAGGUGCUGGCUAACAAAGCUUCCAAGGCUGUCAAAGCUGGAGCAUCAACCAUUAAGAAGAAGGCUAAGAAUAUCUGCACAUCAGUCAUAUUUCACAGGCCAAAGACAUUGCAGAAGGCAAGGAAUCCCAAGUACCAAUAUAUUAGUGCACUACCAAGGAACAAGCUGGACCAUUACCAGAUCCUGAAAUACCCACUCACCACCGAGUCCGCAAUGAAGAAGAUUGAAGACAACAAGAAGAAGAAAACAAGGAUGCUUUCAAGAAGAUGUACAACAUCCAGACAGAUAAAGUGA